GUGUGAGAGAGAGAGCGGUACUGACGGUCAGUGAGAGUCGGGGGAGAACGAGGCGACUCACAAAAGCAAAGAACUUCGAGACCCAACAAGAAACUCAUGGAGACAUGGCUUCAGGGACUCUCCUGAUCUGUGUGUUGAUGUUGUCGUCUGUACGUGUGAUAAAGUCUGCUGAGCCUCUGUUUAAUCUGAAGUGCCAGCCUGCAGUAGGAGUCAUCGGUCAGAUCACUCACAUCUCCUGCAGCAUUGAGUCACAAACUGGGCCUGUUAUUAUUAACACAGUGGUUUUAACCAGGUUUAGAGAGAAUAAAUCCUGUUUCACAUUUCAACCGUAUGAGAACAGAGUGACAGGAGACUCUCGAUUUAAAGUUGAAAGCUUGCCAUCGUUACAGCUUCAUAACACAGCGAUCUCAGAUGAAGGUGGAUAUAAAUAUUACAUCAGGACCAACCUGGGGAAUGUUAAUGUACAAUUCACAAUUAAUGUCACAGCCAAGUACAGCACCUCGAUCACAACCUCAGAGCCGACAGAGAUAGAGAGCGGUGGAGCUGUUGAUCUGUACUGUAAUGCUAGCGGUGGAUACCCAGCAGGAACCAUCCACUGGUUUGAUCAGAGCAACACAAACUGGACACAAAACUCUGGACUGCAGAUCACACAGGGACACGACGGUCUCUUCACUCUGUCCAGUAAACUGAGCUUCAAGAGCAUUGACUCGACCUGGACACCUUUCAGGUGCGUCGUCCUCAACAAUAGAUACAAAGGAGAAGGAGAGAGCACGUCAGCUCUGAAGAUAAAGGAUGAGCUGAUGAUUACCCCACAUUCCAACAGUACAAUGAAGAACGGCAUUGCUGGUGUGAUCGUUAUCGGGUCUCUCAUCGCCGGCCUCCUGUUUGUUCUGUUAUUCAGGAGAAGAAGCGACCGACGUCCAAGAUCUUUCCAAAUUCCAGCCCAGAAUGAAGAUGAUUAUGAAAAAGCAGCUGACGCUGAAGAGACACAGUGUAAUGCCUGAUAUAAAACACCAUUAUUGACUAUGUUCCUGUAACUGCACUUUUCAUAAUAUUGUAGUAAAAUUUUAAUUAAAUAGACUUGUCAUCUGUGGAAAACUAAAACUGCAAACUUUACACAGGAAGCAUGUCUUGAUUUUUGAAGAACCACAAAUAUAUGAGAGUAAAGCAGGUCAGGUGGGGCAGUAACGUAGUGAACUAGAACACUAGAGUGUGAGACCCCUGCUGGGCAGUAAGUGUAUCACAGUGAGCUGGUGGCGCGUUCUUAAAUGAUGAACCCUACACACGGCGCUUCAUACAGCCACUGUGCAGUGCUUUUCCUAACUGAAAUUAACAGAAGCCUUUACUGAAUAAAUAAACACUCAUUUUAAGGGCCACAUAGGGACUCUUUACUUUAGGACAGGGGUCUUGAAUUAAACUUUAAAAAGGGUCAGGUCAAUAAAAAAGUUUUCUUUAAAUUGAGGUUUUGUAAGUCUAUAAAAAUAAGCAGUUUAAAAUUUCAAUAACAGUUAUCAUUAAUUUAUACGUAAAUAUGUCACACCGGGCUCUCAGUUCAGGUAUUUUACAUGCCCUCACCUCGAGCCGCUGCCACGGCUAUAAACUUUACAGAAAUUCUUGGAGUGAGAUUCUGAAAGUACGGUCACAAAGAAAAUCACAACUUUGUAUGGAGUUUAAUCAUACACAAUACAAUGCAUUAAUAUUUAUGUUUAUAAGGAACAUUCAGAGGCUAACACAAUGGAUUAGGAGACAAUACAACAAAACACACACAAUAUUAUGUAAAACGCAGCAGUCAUACAGGAGCCAUGGAGAUGAGUGUGUAUGACGGAUCCUCGCACACUCGUACUGCCAAAGCUCAGAUCAAGUCACAGAAAGUAAAGAAAAUACAAGGAAAGAACCAUUAUUGAUAAAAAAGAAGGAGAGAAGAAAAAAAAGGUAAAAAAGAUUUUAGAUAUAAAGUGGGAUUGUGUUGCACGUAUGAUUGUGAUUCUCUCCCUUUUUCUCGAUUCUGUAAUAAUCACAUAUUCAAUUCAGUUUUAUUUGUAUAGCGCUUUUAACAAUGGUCACUGUCGCAAAGCAGCUUUACACAAUGAAAAGAAAUUAUGGAAAUGUGAGAGAAUGAGUGUGAAUCAGAAUGAUCAGAUCGUCCCUGAUGAACGAGCCGAGGGUGACGGUGCUGAGGGAAAAACUCCCUGAGAUGGUAAUAGGAAGAAACCUUGAGAGGAACCAGACUCAACAGGGAACCCAUCCUCAUCUGGGUAAUAACGGAAAUUGUUGUGUAUACGUAUGUUGGCCUUUGAGUGUUCUUAUGGAUAAAAACUCCUACAUGAUUAAACUCAAUAUAAAUAUUUUAAUGGCAUUGUAAAUAUUCAUGUUUAUUUCUUCUGUCAAUAAUAAUAUGCCACUGCCCUCAAAUAAUGUUAUCAGUCAUGCUUUCUUCUUUUGCAUGUGAUUGAUGCCUCACGCAGUUGUAAAUGUGUGGAACUGUUUGCAAAAUAUGAACAUUCAGUGUGAGAUAUGGAAGUAAAAGCAUCCUGUUUCUUGAUUUCAUAUCUGGGGAAACAACAGUCCUCUUUAUACAACUGUAAAGCAAAUUUUUUGUGGUUCUUUUAAUAAACAUAUUAAACAGAA